AUGGCUACCACAGGCUUUUUGAAAGUUUCCUGGCUUUUAUUGUAUUGUGUCAUGUCAUCAACUCGAAUCAACAAUUCCUGUCAACAGAAUGGACUAUUAAGGUUUAAAGAAAUCAUUGAUAGCAAUAGAAUUGGUGGACAUCGAUUAGCAGACAUGAACAUGAUUGUUUUUGAAAAAGAUGUGUUUACUAACCUACAGUGCUUAGAUCUUUGCUUGAGAAUUAAAGUUUGCGCAUCUAUUGAUAUAAAAAAACAGAACACACAGAGAAGUUGCAGAGUAAACCGCGCAAAUCCAAAGUAUUUUAUCAUAGAAAACGACGACUGGACACAUAUAAAUGUGAGUUCAAGGGCGUUAGAGGAGAUUCUUGCGUCGGCAGAAAACGAAUGCAAAGAGAAAGACACAGAUGAAGCGAGUUCCACUUUAGAACUUUCGUUACAAACGCCGACUGCUGUGUCACUGGAUGAGUAUUGCAAGACCAAAGCACUAACUGUUGAUUCAUGUACUCAGAAGAAGAGGCAGAGAAACUGUAGCGGAGUCUGGGAGGCUCGAAUUCUUGUAAAUGGAUGGUGUUGUGUUGACCCAGAAAGUUCAAGCCAACACUGUUGCUGUCCUAUCCCACAUUAGAUACCUACGCUACAUUCAUUUCACAUCCUGUUCUACUUUGGAG